GGUCGGGGAAGUUUCCCGCCGGCCUCGGCCGCGGGCGCCCGUGCUCCCAGGUGUAGCGCCCCCGCGCGGCGCGGGCGGCUGGGCAUCUCCAGCAUGACCGGCCAGAGCCUGUGGGACGUGUCCGAGGCCAACAUCGAGGAUGGAGAGAUCCGCAUCAAUGUGGGCGGCUUCAAGAGACGGCUGCGCUCCCACACGCUGCUGCGGUUCCCCGAGACGCGCCUGGGCCGCCUGCUGCUCUGCCACUCGCGAGAGGCCAUCCUGGAGCUCUGCGAUGACUACGACGACGUCCAGCGUGAGUUCUACUUCGACCGCAACCCUGAGCUCUUCCCCUACGUGUUGCAUUUCUACCACACCGGCAAGCUUCACGUCAUGGCUGAGCUGUGCGUCUUCUCCUUCAGCCAGGAGAUCGAGUACUGGGGCAUCAACGAGUUCUUCAUUGACUCUUGCUGCAGCUACAGCUAUCACGGCCGCAAAGUGGAGCCUGAACAGGAGAAGUGGGAUGAACAGAGCGACCAGGAGAGCACCACGUCUUCCUUCGAUGAGAUCCUGGCCUUCUACAACGACGCCUCCAAGUUCGACGGGCAGCCCUUGGGCAACUUCCGCCGGCAGCUGUGGCUGGCUCUGGACAAUCCGGGCUUCGUCCUGAGCAGGGUCUUUAGCGUCCUGUCCAUCCUGGUGGUGUUGGGCUCCAUCAUCACCAUGUGCCUCAAUAGCCUGCCAGACUUCCAAAUUCCUGACAGCCAGGGCAACCCUGGCGAGGACCCCAGGUUCGAAAUCGUGGAGCACUUUGGCAUCGCCUGGUUCACAUUUGAACUGGUGGCCAGGUUUGCUGUGGCCCCUGACUUUCUCAAGUUCUUCAAGAAUGCCCUAAACCUUAUCGACCUCAUGUCCAUCGUACCCUUUUACAUUACUCUAGUGGUGAACCUGGUGGUGGAGAGUUCACCUACCUUGGCCAACUUGGGCAGGGUGGCUCAGGUCCUGAGGCUGAUGCGAAUCUUCCGAAUCUUAAAGCUAGCCAGACACUCCACUGGCCUCCGCUCCUUGGGGGCUACCUUGAAGUACAGCUACAAAGAAGUAGGGCUGCUCUUGCUCUACCUCUCCGUGGGGAUUUCCAUCUUCUCUGUGGUGGCCUACACCAUCGAAAAGGAGGAGAAUGAGGGCCUAGCCACUAUCCCCGCCUGCUGGUGGUGGGCCACUGUCAGUAUGACCACCGUGGGGUAUGGGGACGUGGUCCCAGGGACAACAGCAGGGAAGCUGACUGCCUCUGCCUGCAUCUUGGCAGGAAUCCUUGUGGUGGUACUGCCCAUCACCUUGAUCUUCAAUAAGUUCUCCCAUUUUUAUCGGCGUCAAAAGCAACUUGAGAGCGCCAUGCGCAGCUGUGACUUUGGAGAUGGAAUGAAGGAGGUCCCUUCAGUCAAUUUAAGGGACUACUAUGCCCAUAAAGUCAAAUCCCUCAUGGCAAGCCUGACAAACAUGAGCAGGAGCUCACCAAGUGAACUAAGUUUAAAUGAUUCUCUACAUUAG